AUGACCUUCUUCGCCCCCCAACUCCAAAUCGUCUCCGACCUCCACCUCGAGACUCCCAUGAACAACCCCCAAUAUUCACACAUCAACCUCAAAGCCACCGGCAGCGCACUACUCCUACUUGGAGACAUAGGCCUAGUCCGACACGAAGCCCUUUUCACAUUCCUCCGCAAUCUCCUCGACCAAAACCGCGGCUGCCGCAUAUUCUACAUCCUCGGCAACCACGAAGCGUACCAAACAACUCUUGAGCAUGCCGUCGAACGCAUGCGAGACUUUGAAAACACUGCAAAACAAGACUACGGCGGUCGCUUCCGUCUCCUCUCCCGCGACCGCUACGAUCUCAAUGAAAACGUAACAAUACUAGGCUGCACGCUCUAG